AUGGGUCGGAGGUUUUACUUUAUCUUCUUCUCCGCCCUCAAAGCCUGCAUCUCCUCUUCCUCUAUCUGUUAACUCUCAGCUCUCAAACCCUAUAAGCUGAGAGCUUUCUCUCUCUACACCCUUCUGCUACUCAUCCUUUCUCUCUCCUCCAAUUGAAGGAUAUAUAUACACACAGAGAGGAAGAUACACAGAUAAAAUGAACUCAUCACUUCUCUUAACAACCAAUCCACGUUUUCCCCACCCCAAUUUUACCUUACUCACCCCCUUUCCACCCCUCAUCGCUCUCCGUCCUUCCUCCGUCCAUCUCCGCCGCCGCCGUUUAGAUAUCUCCAGUUCGCUUUCCGACCGACCAUCGGCCGCCGCCGUCAAACCCGAUGUUUUUGGAGAUAAGAAGGAGCUCACGGGCGUCCAGUCACUCGUGGAUGCCAUGUCACCUCCCGUUCGAAUUGCGAGCUCUGCUUUAAUCGUUGCUGCUGCGGUUGCUGCUGGAUAUGGACUAGGGUUGCGGUUCGGUGGGUCCCGCAAUGUUGCCAUUGGUGGGGCCGUGGCGGUUGGUGCUGCCGGCGCCGGAGCUGCCUAUGCGCUGAAUUCUUGUGUGCCGGAGGUUGCGGCGGCUAGUCUGCACAAUUAUGUAGUGGAGUGUGGCGAUCCUGGUGCUGUCAAGAAGGAAGAUAUUGAAGCCAUUGCUAACAGAUAUGGUGUUAGCAAACAGGAUGAGGCAUUCAAUGCGGAGCUUUCUGAUAUUUAUUGCCGUUUUGUAUCUGCUAUCCUUCCUUCUGUGAGUGAAGAUCUCAGAGGUGAUGAAGUUGACGCUAUUAUUAAGUUCAAAAACUCGUUGGGUAUUGAUGACCCGGAUGCGGCAAAUAUGCACAUGGAGAUUGGCAGGCGAAUUUUCAGACAAAGACUUGAAACUGGGGAUCGGGAAGCUGAUAUGGAGCAACGGCGGGCAUUUCAGAAGCUGAUAUAUGUCUCAACUCUUGUGUUUGGAGAAGCAGCAUCUGAAUUCUUGUUACCUUGGAAACGUGUCUUCAAGUAUACCGAUUCUCAGGUCGAGGUUGCUGUCAGGGACAAUGCACAAAGGUUAUAUGCCAUCAAGCUUGAAUCAAUUUCCCAAGAUGUUGAUGUUAGCCAGCUGAUCAGCCUUAGGGAAGCACAACGCCUUUAUCGACUUUCUGAUGAGCUUGCUGAAGACAUGUUUAGGGAGCAUACAAGAAAACUUGUGGAGCAAAAUAUAUCAGCAGCUCUUACUGUAUUGAAGUCCAGAACGAAAGCAGUGCAACCUGUGAUUGAAGAGGUUGAUAAGAUACUGUCUUUUAAUAGCCUGCUAAUUUCACUUAAAAACCAUCCUGAUGCCAGUCGCUUUGCUCGGGGGGUUGGGCCUAUAUCUUUGAUAGGCGGGGACUAUGAUGGUGAUAGAAAGAUAGAUGACUUGAAGCUUCUAUACAAAGCAUAUGUGACAGAUGCUUUAUCCAGCGGUCGCAUGGAAGAAAAAAAGCUCGCUGCACUGAAUCAAUUGAGGAAUGUAUUUGGCUUAGGGAAACGAGAAGCAGAGACAAUUGCGAUGGAUGUUACCUCUCAAGUGUAUCGCAGACGUCUUCAGCAGGCAGUAUCUAGUGGUGAUUUGUUAAAUGCGGAUAGUAAAGCAGCCUAUCUUCAGAAUUUAUGCGAAGAGCUGCAUUUUGAUCCGGAGAAAGCCAUAGAAAUUCAUGAAGAUAUUUAUCGGAGGAAACUUCAGCAACUGGUAGCUGCUAAAGGUGAACUCAGUGACGAGGAUGUGAAAACCUUGGAACAGAUACAGAUUAUGUUCUGCAUUCGAAAGCAAACUGUUGAAGCAGCUCAUGCUGAUAUCUGUGGCAGUUUGUUCGAGAAGGUGGUCAAGGAAGCAAUUGCUGCAGGUGUUGAUGGGUAUGAUGCAGAGAUUAAGAAGUCUGUCCGAAAGGCUGCCUUUGGAUUGCGCUUGACCAGGGACGUUGCAAUUUCAAUUGCUAGUAAAGCAGUUCGCAAGAUUUUCAUCAGCUAUAUCCAACGUGCAAGGGCAGCUGGCAGCCGCACAGAAUCCGCAAAAGAACUCAAAAAGAUGAUAGCUUUCAACAACUUGGUCGUCACUGAAUUAGUAGCAGAUAUCAAAGCUGACUCAGCAGAUUCUCCUCCACCCGAAGAGCCAUCCACCAAGAUCGAAAAAGAAGAAGUGAAAAUAGAGGAAGAUGAGGACUGGGAAUCCAUACAAUCGCUCCGCAAAUCUCGGCCCAAUAAGGCUACUACAGCAAAAUCGGGGCAGAAGGAGAUCAAUCUCAAAGACGACCUUCCAGAAAGAGAUAGAGCUGAUCUUUACAAGACAUACUUGCUAUUUUGUCUAACUGGUGAAGUUACAAGAAUACCCUUCGGUGCACAAAUCACCACGAAGAAGGAUGAUUCCGAAUACGCCUUCUUGAACCAACUCGGCGGCAUACUUGGUUUGACCGACAAAGAGAUUGUCGAAGUUCACAGGGGUUUAGCCGAACAGGCUUUCAGACAAGAAGCUGAGGUUAUCUUGGCUGAUGGGCAGUUGACCAAAAGUAGGAUCGAGCAACUCAAUGAGCUGCAGAAGAACGUCGGAUUGCCACCUCAGUACUCGCAGAAGAUCAUUAAAAACAUAACCACCUCGAAAUUGUCGGCGGCUCUCGAAACUGCCGCCGGUCGUGGGAGGCUCAGCAUAAAGGAAAUUAGAGAGCUGAAAGAAAACGGAAUCGAAGUGGAGAACAUGGUCUCUGCCAGUUUACGAGAGAAUCUCUUCAAAAAGACGGUCGAUGACAUUUUCUCGUCCGGUACUGGGGAGUUCGACGAGGAGGAAGUGUAUCACAAAAUCCCCCAAGAUCUCAAUAUCGAUGCUGACAAGGCGAAAGGGGUUGUCCACGAACUCGCUCGUACUAGGUUAUCAAACUCGCUCAUUCAGGCAGUGGCAUUACUAAGACAGAGAAACCAAAAAGGGGUGGUGAAUUCGCUGAACGACUUGUUAGCGUGCGAUAAGGCGGUGCCCUCGAAGCCAUUGUCAUGGGAGGUGCAAGAGGAACUGGCUGAUUUGUUCUUAGUGUACCUGAAAAGCGAUCAAGCGGCUGAAAAAGUUGCGAGAGUACAGUAUCUACUGAGCAUCAACGAUGCAGCAGCAGAAGCUUUAAGAAACGCGAAAGAUAAUGGAUUGCCGAAUGGAGCUAAAGCUGAGGAAGAGUUUGUAUUUUGAACUGAAACUUUUUUGGUUAGACUUUUGAUUAGUAUGCCUCUUAUUUUAGCUUUAAAUUUGAGAAAUAUAAUAAUGCUUUAAAUGUUUGUACCAAUUUUGUUGAGCAGAAUGAUUUUGAGUGAAAUUCUUUGUAUCCAUAGCUUUUUUUGUGCCAAUAAUAGCAUUUGGGAAAAAAUAAUUUUGUCACUAUUAAGGCUUGUUAAUGAAC